ACGAGCAGCGGUGACGUUACAUGAUGAACUGUGCUGUGUUGUCACCAGCUGUUGUCUGAAGACGGAGGAAAAGUGGUCACGUCUCGGUUGAUAGUGAGCCCGCGAGCGCACCGGGAGCACGGAGCAGCACGUCUGGAGGUGAAAGAUGUUACCGGAUGAUUGAAAGGAACACCGGAGCCCGGGCAGCCUCACAGAGAGAGUAUCAAUUACAUAACUGAAGGCAUCGAUAAGACAAAAACUGUGAUAACGGACUGGUGCCAAUACAGGUCGGAGUUGAAGCCAUUUUUCUUUGCACAGACGCGGUCACACCAGGUGGGUACGAAGUUUCAAACAGGGAGUUCAAAGAGCAGGCACGGUCCUUUUGAAGUGGCCCUGCCGCCAUCAUGAAUGUGGGCACGGCGCACAGCGAGGUGAAUCCAAACACCCGCGUGAUGAACAGCAGAGGGAUGUGGCUGUCUUACAUCCUGGGCAUUGGCCUCUUGCACGUCAUCCUGCUCAGCAUUCCCUUCGCCAGCGUCCCCGUGGUCUGGACCCUCACCAACCUCAUACACAAUCUGUGUAUGUACCUCCUCCUCCACACAGUCAAAGGGACGCCGUUUGAGACCCCAGAUCAGGGCAAAGCUCGCCUCCUCACACACUGGGAGCAGAUGGACUAUGGUGUACAGUUCACUGCUUCACGCAAGUUCCUCACCAUCACACCCAUUGUCUUGUAUAUACUCACCAGCUUCUACACCAAAUACGAUCGGGUGCAUUUUGUGGUCAACACAGUUUCUUUGCUCACUGUUCUCAUCCCCAAGCUGCCUCAGCUGCACGGCGUGAGGAUCUUCGGCAUUAAUAAGUACUGACAAUGCUGAAGAGGACACCUCCUUCCUUUAGUCCCUGUGGACUCGCUGAGAGCACACAGAGUAUCAGGCCUCUGAUUUGGCUGCAGAUUCACGAGGAUCCGUGGCUCUCGACUCUGCUGAGCAGUGCUCUAAAUGAAGCCUAUAGGGGAUACUGCCAUGGUACCAAACCCCAGGAAAGAGACACGAUACACUUUACAGAGAGGACAAAGGGAAAGUGUACUGCAGCAGUUUUUUGUGGCCUAUUUCCUUUGAGUUAAAGGUUUUCCAGAGACACUUUGAAAGCCUUCGUAAGGGAGCAUUAUGUCUGCAGAAAUGACAGUUUUUAGAUCUGACAGGUGUUCAGGGGAGAGGAUAAUGUAGCUGCACAAUGACAUGCCAGUUUACACCCAUGGGCGCUCUGAGGCUGUAGUCAAAGUUAUUUUGCACGUAAUGAUACAGUGCUGUAUUUAUUCAGCUUUCCUCCCACCAGAAGCGUCUUUUACUCAACGUUUCUGGGCCUCAGAGUAGAGACACAGACUUUAAUGAAAUGGUGAGGGACUUGUGAACUGCUGCAGAGGCGAGGCGCGAGAAACCACAAAGUUUUAUAUUUAGCCCUAGCUGCUCUGCUCAGGGCCAAGAUUGGGAAGUUAAGCAAUUCUUAUUUUAUCUGACCAUUUCCAUAUUUGGACUCUUCUUGUCCUGUUCUGUGUCGGAGUAAGCCUCCUGUCUGCAGAAACGCCUGGCCUGAGUUCAGGAAGAACUAUGUGAAGUGCACUCUAAUCCACAUAUUAUCAUAUGAAAAAGUUUCAGGAUGACUGCAGAGGUUUAUAUUUCUGUCCUGAAUGUCAGAGUUACAGGAAAAGACACAUACUACUACUCAUCUAUAGAAAAUAAGGAGAUAUGACAUUAGAGUGAGCUUCUUGUAAUUGCAUAUCAAGUUAGGAAUAGGGGAGUAUUAAACUCUAAAUAGCAUUUCAUUAUGAGAUGCCUUUUUUAUCCAAAGUAAUGCAAUACAGUAAGAAUUAAGAGCCUGAAAUACUCUUAUUUCUUCUAAGGUAGUGUAUGUUCCAUAAUGUAUAAGGGUUAAAUGGAAAGAAAUUUACAAACACUCAACAACAAUCGACACAUUAAACCAAGUUGGAAAAAUUGUCAAUUGGAGUGAAUUUAAUAGACUCUUUCCUCUAAAGUUCAGUUCAGACCAAAGAUUUGUGACAAGUUGAAAUGUGCAAUGUUCUGAAAGCCUGCUAGUUUAAACCGCAACCAGGAUAGACAAUAUGCCAUGUACACCGUGCACUUUCAAGCCGACUCUGUAACAGUCGUGGUGGAACGUCAGCUUACACUGUGCGACUGAGUGUGUGUCUUUGUACGUGAUCGUGACGUGGAGUAGGUUGAAACAAUGGAGCCGAGUGUGAAAGAUCCAUUAGUGAUUGUGUUUAAUGCUGUCAGUCUUUUUUAAGAUGCAAAGCAGUAAAGUAGUACACUAAAGUGAUUGUUUGAUGUUGCAAAGCCGCUUUUGAUUAUGAUUUUUAAAGGAAAAUAUGUCCAUGGUUAUUUAGAGCAGUGGUUCUCAACCUUGGGGUUGGGACCCCCUUCGGGGUUGCGAGAAUAUUUUAAAAAUUACACUGUUGCCACUUU